AUGACAAGCAAAACACAAUGUUUCACAUGUCAUAGAGAAAACAAUACAUAUACUUGUGAAGGAUGCUCAAAAAGAUUUUGUUUUAUACAUAUACCAGAACAUCAACAAAGAUUAAACGAAGAAUUACAUCAUAUUACUGAUGAUUAUAAUGCAUUUAAAGAAAAAAUUAAUGAACAAAAACAAAAUCCACAUAAUCAUUCAUUGAUAAAACAAAUUGAUCAAUGGGAAAUAGAUUCAAUUGACAAAAUUAAACAAAAAGCAAAAGAGUGUAAAGAAACUGUCAUUGAAUCAUUACAAACAUGUAUUAAUGAUAUUGAGAAGAAAUUUAAUGAUUUAACGGAACAAAUAAAACACCUUCAGAAAGAAAAUGAUUUUAAUGAAAUUAAUUUCACUUAUUUAACAAAUCAAUUAAGAAAAAUUACACAAGAACUAAAUACGCCAUCAAAUAUUUCUAUUCAACAAGAAUCACAAUCAUUUAUAAAUGAGAUUUCAAUUAUUUUAUCAAAAAAACGAACAUGGAACAAAUGGAAACAAAAUGCCAUCACUGUGGCUGGUGGAAAUGGAGACCAACAAGAAUUAAAUCAACUGAAUGGCCCUGAAGGAAUCUUCAUCGAUGAAAACAAAAAUAUUUUCAUUGCUGAUUGUGAUAAUCAUCGUAUUGUUGAAUGGAAAUAUAAUGCAAAGGAAGGACGAAUCAUUGCAGGUGGAAAUGGAAAAGGAAAUCGAAUAGAUCAAUUGAAUCGACCUACAGAUGUGAUUGUUGAUCAACAAAAUCAUUCGAUCAUCAUUGCUGAUCAAGGGAACAGACGAGUGGUUCAAUGGUUUAAGCAAAAGCAACAAAUUCUUAUUAAGAAUAUUGACUGUAGUCGCUUGGCAAUGGAUAAACAUGGAUUUCUUUAUGUUUCUGAUUGUGAGAAGAAUGAAGUGAGACGAUGGAAAAUGGGUGAAUACAACAACGAAGGAAUUGUAGUAGCAGGUGGAAAUGGAGAAGGAAAUCAACUCAAUCAAUUUGAUUUUCCUACUUAUAUAUUUGUUGAUGAAGAUCAAUCUCUUUAUGUAACAGAUCAAAACAAUCAUCGUGUAAUGAAAUGGAGAAAAGGUGCAAAAGUUGGAAGAAUUAUGGCUGGUGGAGAUGGUGACGGAGGAAGUCUUAAUCAAUUGUCUGAACCUCUAGGAGUCAUUGUUGAUGAUUUGGGUCAAAUCUACGUGGCAGAUUUUGGAAAUGAUCGAAUAAUACGCUGGUGUGAAGGAAAAGAAGAAGGUGAAGUUGUUGUUGGUGGAAAUGGUCAAGGAAAUGAACCAAAUCAAUUAUAUCUUCCCAGUGGUUUAUGUUUCGAUAAUGAAGGAAAUUUUUAUGUUGCUGAUUAUUCGAAUCAUCGAAUUCAAAAAUUCGAAAUAAUUUUGUGA